CAAGAGCUUCUUUUUCUCCCACAGUCUCCGCACAUCAGAGACAAGCUACCUUAAUGAAGCAUUCUCAUUCUACUCUGCUAUUCGACAACGUUCCUAUUAUUCUCAAGUCACCAAAGAGGACAGACCUGAGCUGGUUGUGAAGAAAUUGCGUUACUAUGCCCGCUUCAUCGUCGUCUGUCUGUUACUCAAUAAAAUGGAUGUUGUUAAAGACCUAGUCAAGGAGCUUUCUGAUGAAAUUGAAGAUUAUACACACCGUUUCAAUACAGAAGAUCAGUUGGAAUGGAAUCUGGUUCUCCAGGAAGUUGCUGCAUUUAUAGAGGCAGACCCUGUGAUGAUUUUAAAUGACGACAACACAAUUGUGAUCAUUUCCAAUCGGUUGGUGGAUGGUACAGGACCCGUGCUGGAGCAGGGUAUGGUGGUGGGACAGUUGAUGCUGGCUGAUGCCCUUAUUAUUGGCAACUGCAAUAAUCAGGUUAAGUUCAGUGAGCUAACAAUUGAUAUGUUUAGAAUGUUACAAGCUCUGGAAAGGGAACCAAUGAAUCUCACCUCUCAGAUGAAUAAGCCUGGAUUACAGGACCCUGCUGAGAAGCCAACAAAGAGAGAAAACCCUCACAAAUAUCUUCUUUAUAAGCCAACUUUCAGUCAGCUUUAUACCUUUCUUGCAGCAUCUUUCAAGGAGUUGCCAGCAAACAGUGCCCUUUUGAUUUACUUGUCUGCGACUGGUGUCUUCCCCACAGGUCGAUCUGACUUUGAAGGUCCUUAUGAUUUUGGAGGUGUCCUGACAAACAGUAAUCGGGACGUGGUCAAUGGGGAUGCUUUACACAAGAGGAAUCAGACUUACAAAGAAAUGCACUGCUGCCCGGAUUGA